AUGCUCUACGACCUCAACAUUGCCUGGUCGCCGUCCACGCCGCCGGACAAGCUCCUGCAGACCCUCGCCGCCGCGUCCAGCCUCGGCUACUCGACCGUCGCCCUCAACCACCACCUCGAGCUGCCCGUCCAGACCACGCCGACCUCGCCCUUUCCCCCAGCUCCAUCCUCCUCCUCAGCCAAGCUCCCCAACGUCCUCCACCGCGCCACCUUCCCCCUCGCCGACCCCUCCGCGCCCAACUACCGCAUGGCCGCCCUCGCCGCCGUCUACGACAUGCUCGCCGUGCGGCCGACGACCGCCGAAGCCUUUCAGAACGCCUGCCUGACGCUCGACGUGCCCCUCAUCUCGCUCGACCUCACCCAGCACUUCCACUUCCACUUCCGGCCCAAGCCCUGCAUGGCGGCCGUCGCGCGCGGCGUGCGCUUCGAGGUGUGCUACGCGCAGCUGCUCAACGCCGACGCGCGCGGGCGCGCCGUCUUCAUCGGCAACGUCACCAGCCUGUUUCGCGCGACGCGCGGCCGCGGCAUCAUCGUUAGCAGCGAGGCCAGGAGCGCGCUGGGCCUGCGCGGGCCGGCCGACGUGGUGAAUCUGCUGGGCGUCUGGGGUCUGCCCAACGACAAGGGCAUGGAGGGCCUGCGGUCGCUGCCGCGGAGCGUCGUGGUCAACGAGGGCGUCAAGCGCAACGGGUUUCGGGGCAUAGUGGACAUUGUGCAGACGGCAGAGGACCCGACGACGACGACAAAGGGAAGGGAAGGGAGCGGCGGGCAGGAUACGUGCACGGAUGGCGGGACGUCGACGCCGGGCGGGAACAAGCAAAAGAAUCAGAAGCGCAAGACGGGGCAGCAGGAGGACGGACAACAGAUAAGCAAGCGACAGGCGAAAAAGGUGCGAUUGGCCAAUAGAGCGGCUGCCGCGAGUGCGGACAAGUCCUCGUGA